UUUUGUUCAAAAAAUUAAAUUUUCCACCAGCAUCGAUAACCGACACUCAGUAGUUACCCACCUUACCGACGUUCUCCAGAGUGCAUCCGCAAAAGCUCGGAACCGCGCAUAUGUAAUUUCCACGCGCGUGCAAGCGACGGUUGGAAAAGUGUCUCCUAUUAUACGAAAACCGAAUCGUCGUGGGAGGACUACACACGCAGUUAUGAUGCAAAGCAUCAACGAUAUAAACGACAUGAGAAAAGUUUUGUUGUGCGACAACGCAAAGUUGGAAAAGGUGCCUUUCAAUAUUCGAGGCAAACGAACGAAAGAAAAUAUGGAAAUGACAGAAAAUGACUCCGUAGUUGAACAUAGUCUUGAUAUUCUUGAAUCUGAUACCACUGAUAUCAAAGUUGAAGGAUUAACAAUUCAAGUAAGGAAGUAUUUUUGCUUUAAAUUGAGCGAUUCUCUGCUAAAAAAGUUCAAGAAUAGUAAAGAAAUAACACAUCGAAAUUUAGCUAAACAAAAUAUCCAACAUAUUGCUCGGAAUACGGAGUUCGAUAUAUUCCAAGAGAGUAAAACGUUUUUUGAGUAUAAAUUUUCAGUGAUAAAAAAGACAUUUGAAUUCGAGCGUUAUGCUAUUGAUGAAAAUAUAUCUCGAAUUUUGAAGUUGAACCAUGCUAAUUUUCUAGAAGAAAUUAAUCAAUGGGGACCUUAUUUUAAAGUUACAAUCAAUCGAUGUAAUAUAAUAGCUGAAUCUCAUCUUAACAAAAUUAUACCUAUCACAAUUACAGCAAGGAAUCAGGUCAUAAACAAUAUCAAAAGCUAUGGAACCAACAUUCAGUCAAGUAAACUUAUCAAGGGUAUGGGAAACGAAGCUUCAAGCCUAACAGUCAAUACAAAAAGUGUUGAUGGUGGUUUAAAAGAUAAUAGUAACGAUCGACGAUCGCAAUGUCUAAGAAUUAUAGAUGAUAUUCUCUUAAGUACACCAUUAGCUAAACAAAGUACUGCUCUUCCUUUAACUCAGGAAAAAAAAGAUAUCAACAAUAUCAGACAUUCAGAUUCUAUAAAUACUGAAGCUGCAGACCAAAUCGAAAAUUCAAAACACGUUGAAAACAAACACGGGUUUAAUUAUAAUUCACAAGAGGAAAAAUAUUCUAUUACUACUUAUCAAAAAGUCAAAGCUCUAUGUGUACCACUUUUUCAAAAACAAAAGAAAACUUUUACUUAUAGUCCGCAUAAGAAACGUCCAAGGUUACAGAAUGAUCUUCAACUAGAACUGUCAGAUCCUCAUAUUUGGACGAAACAAUCCUUGAAUAUUUUAAAACUGAUACUUAAAAAUUUCUAUAAAACUUCUUACAUACCAAACAAGGAUAGUUAUAAAAUGAUAUGUAGAAACAUUUACACAGAUAUUUUAGACAAAAAAAUAUAUGAACAAGAGGAUAUUAAGCUGUAUGCCGAAGAUGAAAUCAAAGAAAUAUUUACAAGAAUAAUCCAAGAAUAAUAAAAAUAAUAAUUUAGUUUUUACUUAGAAAUCACACAUUCAUUCCUUUAAAAAAUAGUUCUAUAGAUUAAAUAAAAUGUCGAGUUAAAAACCAAACGAUGUAAGUAAAUCUUAUCAUUCGAAUUUACUUCUCAAACGUCUCAAUAAGCUCCUCUUCGACCCCGUCGAUUCCUGUACACCUACCAUAUUUACCGAAUGAUUCAUGAGCUGCCAGCAGCUACUUGCUUAUUGUUAGGUGUGCAACUGUUUGUCGUCUUACACUGGCGAGAAAAGCUUUGUUCGCCAUGUGUAGUGCAGUAGCAGCUCUAUACUAGCCCUUUUGUUGGGAAGAUGAUGCUUUCUCGCGCGAGAGCUGAACUUGCCCUCGAGCUUUCGCCCUCCUCUUCUCAGGUCGACUGCGCGGGCUUUACUUACCUGAGACUCGUAUUCUCUGGGUCUUAUUACCGGGAUCGGAUUUCACCUGCUUCUCCUUCAAUAUCAAGGCUUUAUGUAUUCACAAGUUAAAAGUCAUUGCAAGUUUAUUUAUAAGUCGGUCAUUUUGAGGAUUUUCUAGAUUUUUAAUAACUGUUUGCAUCUAAUCAAAUUCUUUUUUUCGAUAUAUGGUAUCAUACUUUAUCCUUUUUUAUAAGAAGUUUUUCCGAAAGAAUGAUUUUUACGAUACUUAUAAAGUCAUAAUUGUGUUCCAAAAACGUAUGUCAGUGGAGUAGCUGUACCUUUUCCUCCGCGUAUACCUAUGAAAUAGUAUAUUAUGCAAC